AUGAUGUCAUCUAAAAGUGAAUUAACAAAAACUAUUGAAAAUCAGCAAUCGCGAAUAACACGUCUUGAACAACGUUUGGGAGAUGUUGUUUCUGCUUAUAAAAAUUUACAAAAAGAAAAAGAAGCUCUCGAAUCUACUGUACGAGUUUUAUCAUCUACAACAUCAAAUGUAGAAAAGCCUAAUACAGAAACAGAAACAAAUUUAAAUACACAAGAAAAUGCAGAAUCUGGUAAUGAAACAGAAACUACUCAUACAGCAUCAAGUGAACAUUCAACAAUACAAGAUAAACUUCAAACACUACAACAAAAUGUUACUAUUAUUACCGAACAAAAAAAUCGUAUGGAACAAAUGUUUCAAUCAGACAAACGUAAACUUAAGACUGAAAAUGAAGAAUUGAAAAAAUUACUUGAAGAAACAAAAGCAGAAAAUAUUAUUAUUAAAGAAAAAUCUGAUCAUGAAAUUAAAGAGUUAAAAAAACAAUUGCGUCAAUCUCAACGUGAUCAUGAACGUGAAACAGCUGAUCAUAACGUUAUGGUACGGGAAUUACAAACGAUUCUUUCAACUGAACGCAAUAAAUCAGAAACUAUGGAACAUCAAUAUGAUGAAUGUCGAGCAAAAGUUGUUACAUUAGAAAGUCAAUAUGAUACGUUGAAAAAGCAAUAUAAUAAUUUAAAUACACAAUAUCAAACAAAAGUAAAUGAAUUAAAAGAAAAAGAUUCGAUUGAUGUUGAAGAAUUAAAACGUUCAAAAGAAAAAGCUGUUGAAUUAACGACCAAAAUAAAAGAUUUAGAAGCUAAAUAUACUGAACAAUUACGUGUAGAAUCAAAACGUAAUCAACAAUUAGAAAAAAAAUUAACUGAUAAUACAACUGAAUAUGCUCAAAGAACGUCAACAAAUGAAACACAUAUUGCAGAAUUAUCUGAACAAAUUGGUGUUAUUGAAAAACAACGUGCACAAGAUCAAAUGGCUAUUCAACGUUUAAAAGAACGUAUAGCUCAACUUGAUGUUGAAAAUUCUCUCUUAACCAAAGCUUCAUCAGCAUCCAUCGAACAAGAUGAUAUUGGUGGAACAAAUGAUGAUAGUGAUAAUCAUCAUGAUUUAGAUACAUUAUUAAAACAUAUUUCUAAACUAAAAGUUUUAAUACGUGUUGCAAAUGAUCGUUUUGGUAAAUCUCUAACAAUUGAAGAUGUUCUUAAUAUUGAUCGUGAAAUAUCAUCUGGUGCAAUAAAUGGAUCAAAUUUAUCUUCAGAAAAUAAUAAAAUCUUGCAUAUUAAAUGCCAUGAAGAAAUUGAUCGACUUAAAGGUGAAUUAGAAAAUUAUCGAAAUAAAACUGUUGCAGCAUUUAAAGCAAAGGCAUUCAAGGAUACAAGUUCAACAAAAGAAAUCGAUGAUUUACGUAAUCAAAUUGAUCAAUUACGUGAAAAAUUAGUUAAUAGUCAAUCAUUAUAUAAUUCUGAAACUGAUCGACAUACCCAAGUUGUUGAAAAACUUGAAUCAUGUUUAACAGCUAUUCGUGAACAACAUCGUCAAGAAACUGAACAAAUUUUAACAAAAAAACGUGGUGAAUUAAAUGAACUUGAAUGUGAAUUAGAAAAACAACGUGAACGUACAGUACGUUUAUUAAAUGAAAAAGAUCGAGAACUAGAAACAUUACGAAAACAAAUAGAUAAUUCUCCAAUAAUUGAUAAACAAGUAUCUCAUACAUCAUCAAUAUCUGAUUUAAAAGAAACUAAUGAACCAACAACAAUUAUGACGGAAUUAUUUCCUCAACAUCUUUCAACAUCAACAAAUGGUGGACCCAUAAGUCCUUUGAAUUCUGAUUAUAAUUAUCUUGUAUAUUUUAACGAGAAACAACAAUUACUUGAACAAGAAUUAAGUACAUUAAAAAAAGAACGUCGUGAAUUUGACUCAACAAUAAGAGAGUUACAACAAAAAUAUUCAUAUGAAAUAAGUCAACUGCAAAUUUCAAAUGAACAAUUAACUGAAGAUUUAGAACAUAUUAAAUUAAGUACGCAAAGAAAUGAAAAUUUAACAAAAAAUGAACAUAAUAUUGACUAUAUAAAAAAUGUUUUUUAUCAUUAUUUACUUUCUAAUGAUACGCAAGUUAAACAUACAAUGGCGAACGCCUUAAUGACCAUUUUACAUUUUUCAUCAAAAGAAAAAGCGAAAAUCGAAAAUCAAAAACCUAAUAAUAGUUUGGCAACUGGUGGUGAACCAAAAUUCAACAAAUGGAAACAAGAUGCCAUCACUAUGGCUGGUGGAAACGAACAAGGACAACAAUUAAAUCAACUCCACGGCCCUCACGGAAUCUUUAUUGACAGAAAGAAGAAUAUUUUCAUUGCUGAUUUUAAUAAUCAUCGUAUUAUUGAAUGGAAAAACAAUGCAAAAGUAGGAAAAAUCAUUGCAGGUGGAAAUGGGCAAGGAAAUCGUAUGGAUCAAUUGUAUUAUCCAACAGAUUUAAUUAUUGAUCAACAAAAUCAUUCGAUCAUCAUUGCAGAUACUGAGAACAAACGGGUGGUUCAAUGGGUGAAUCAAAAUCAACAAAUUCUCAUUCACAAUAUCGAUUGUGUGGGUUUAGCAAUGGAUAAACAUGGAUUUCUUUAUGUUUCUAAUUGGAAGAAGAAUGAAGUGAGACGAUGGAAAAUGGGUGAAUACAACAACGAAGGAAUUAUAGUAGCAGGUGGAAAUGGACAAGGAGAUCAACUGAAUCAACUUAAUUUUCCUCCCUAUAUCUUUGUUGAUGAACAUCAAUCUGUUUAUGUAUCAGAUUUGUUCAAUCAUCGUGUAAUGAAAUGGAGAAAAGAUGCAAAAGAAGGAAGAAUUGUUGCUGGCGGAAAUGAUAAAGGAGAAAAAUUGAAUCAAUUAUCUUCACCUCAAGGAGUAACUGUUGAUCAUUUUGGUCAAAUCUAUGUAGUUGAUGGUGGGAAUCAUCGAGUAAUGCGUUGGUGUGAAGGAAAAGAAGAAGGUGAAAUUGUUAUUGGUGGAAAUGGUGAAGGAAAUCAAUCAAAUCAAUUGAAUGGCCCCCGUGGUUUAUCUUUUGAUGAUGAAGGAAAUCUUUAUGUUGCUGAUUAUGAUAAUCAUCGACUUCAAAAAUUUGAAAUAACUUCGAAUACAGGUGCAAUUAUACGAUCAAUAUUAUUAGAAGAACCAAAUUCAUCAUGUAUGCAAUGUAGUGAUAUUGAACAACCAGUACGUGUUUGA